AUGGUCGACGACGGCGUUACCGCCGCCCCCGCUUCCACGAUGAGGCAGUGGAUCGUCGAAAACAAGUUAAAAACUGUUGGUGAGAUCUUCGAUACCUCUUUUCUUUCGUUUUCCCAUUUGCUUUUUUUUGGGAAUUGAAAUCCCCGUUAGGUUUUUUUUUUAAUAUCGUUCCUGCUUCUCGUUUAUAUUUUUGGUGAUUAUCUUUCAUCUUGUUUCGUACAUUCUGUGCAUUAGGGUGUUUCUGGUUGAGCGCCAUCACGGGGUCGUUCGCGUAUAACUGGUCACGUCCCAACAUGAAGACUAGUGUCAAGAUCAUUCACGCCAGGUUGAGUUUCGUUUUGGUUAGUUCUACAUUUGGAUAAUCGUCCUAUUUUUCGCAGUUACUGCCCAAUUUUGAAAUGAGUAUCUUUCGAUCGUGUUGCAUUUCUUCGGUGAAUAUUCACACCGAAAGUUCCUAUAACCCUCUUGAUUCUGCGUGAGCAUUGACCUAUGAUUCUACUAUCGUUCUUGUUCAGUCGAAAAAUAAUACAAUGCGUUGAGAAAGAUUUAUGGAAUUAUUUGUUGGGCUGCUUUUCUUACUGCUGGCCAUAAAUCCUCGUACCCGUAGUUUGGGUAGAUAUCAUGAACGAUACUCUAUCUUGAUCUUUUUCAUCACUGGAUGUUUUAAAGCUAUUAUAUAAUUUGAUAUUUAAAGAACAGAAAAAAACAUAAAUACCCGGCGAUUGUACAGUUUUUGAUCAUUUACUGCAAACAAUUUCAUUAGAGAUUUAGGCGCCAAGGACAGUUUUGAAGGACCCUCCGUAUAUAUAUAUAUAUAUAUAUAUAUAUAUAUAUAUAUAUAUAUAUUACAUACGUAUACAUAUAUAUACAUAUAUAUACAUUUAUAUAUUCCUUCUCCUUGACCUUGUCAAGUAAUUUCUAUGAGGAUACGCCAAUACCAGCUGCUUAUAAUAUCUGCAGAACUUGUUGAUCUCUGUAAAUUGGUUAAGUAUGGCCUAUCAUUGUGUUCAACCUCUCUCCUUUCACACCCCCUGGCUAGAAGGUCUUUACGAUUACUUCCUUUUCUUAUAGAUCCCACAUCAUUCAGCUAGAAUAAUGUUUUUUUAAUCCAUAUCACGAUCCUCAUCUGCAUUGAAAUUCACCCUUUUUUCACCCUUCUCACAGUCAAAUAAUAAGGAGCCGACUUCUUUCCUAUAUGUUUGCUCUUUUCUUCUGUUUUUUCUCUUGCAUUGCUCCUACUGUUCGGUAAGCAUUGUGAUAGAAAUUCUUGGUGGGGUUUCCUUCUUCCACCAUUCAGACACAAAGAUUAAAGAAGACCUCUUGAAGAAUUGACUAUUUUCUGGUAUCUAUGAGAUGGCGCAUGUAGAGGAUCUGCACCCUGAUGCCUUGUGUUGCUUCAACAGGCUACACGCUCAGGGCCUCACUCUGGCGGCAUUGGCUGGAGCUGCUGCUGUCGAAUACUAUGACCGCCAAUAUGGGUCGACAGCUUAG